AUGUACUUUUACUGCAGCAGUGUUGACCUACUUGGCGUGAUUAAUGGUUUUCAAGGGAUUGUACACGCGCAUUUGCCACAAACAUCAGGAGAAAAAGUGGAAGCGUUAACAGCACAUUGUCACACAUUUAUGGAAGGACUGCAAACUAGAAUAGGCAAUCUGAAACUUUUUAUGAAGCAUGAUCUAUACAAAAUUGACAAACCUGAUCGAGAAGACGCUGAUGACACACUACGAGUUACAGCCGUCAAUUGGAAAACCGGACAAAUAGAAGUGUUCACACCAAAGAUCAGAUUCAACAAGCUGGAGUUUGAUCUUGAAUAUGCGCGCUUGUCUCAAUUUCCUGAAGAAAUAUGUGAGACGAGCGGACUGAAUGUAUUGAAACUUUGUACAGACGACAUAAACUCUAUACCCGAAGGCAUUGCCAAACUGAGGAAACUAGAAGAAAUUCAUUUGCAUACAAGUGAUUACCACAAUUCCAGAACUUUCUACUUGUCACCGCGGCUUACACCCAUUGGUCUCCAGGAGGUCCCUACUGUUGUUUCUCUUCUUCCAUGUCUUAAGGUUUUGUCUGUGUGUGGCAACCGUCGCAAUCCAUUGCUGUUUGAUGAGCUAAUGUCAUGUCAACUGCCCAGUACUCUUGUGGAAGUGGAAAUGGUGGAAUGUGGUUUGACACAAGCAACUUUGUCUAUGAUCUGGGACAAAGUGAAACUGUGCAAAGUGAAUCUAGCACGCAACAAUCUGCAGUCCUUCAAAUAUUGCAACACAGAGAUGAUAAGAGAGGCAACAGUCUUGAAUGAUCUAGAAGAGCUGGAUUUAGCAGCUGCCAGCUGA